AUUUGAGAAAUGAUUUGAGUUUAGGGUUUAAGAUUUAAGGAUUUAGAGUUCAGGUUAAAGAUUUAGGGAUUUAGAGUUUAGAGUUUAGGCAAAGUAUCUGUAUGGUUGCUAUCAGUCACUGACUUGGCGUCUAAAUCAAGCUAGUCUGGCGUCUAAAUCAAUUUAGUGAGCUAAGAAAGGAUGGUUAUGGGAAGUUGCCUCCUGAAACUCAGGAGCUGCGGCCCGGAUUUGAGUUAGGGAGAUUUGAGUGCAAUUGAUCGGGAAAAAGGGACAGAAGAGGGAAAGAAAGGCCGGAGAGCCACCGGCUGUAGAGAGGUGGCGCGGCUGCAUAAUCCAUAGAGUUAAUAUCAGAUCACACCAACAAUUUCACAUUCCAAUAUCUUAGAAUUAAAUGUCAGGAUUUUAUCAAAUACUUAAGAUUACAACAUCUUAUAAAUAAGAUAAAAUCAUCCCAUGUUCGAUACAUCGAUUCUCAUUUAUAAGGUGUAAUAUCUCUUGUUCUUCCUGUCUUUAAUGCAGACAUAUGCCCGUCUUAUUAAUUACCUGUAAAGGGCAAUAACCUUGUACGAUGCUCUUUGGAUCAAAAUCUCUCUACCAAUCUCUCCAUAGAGAGCAAACAUUUGUUCUUCCUCUUUCUUUCGAAGGAACAAUUUUUACUGGAGGCAAACCUGAGGUCCCCCAUGGUCCGUCUGAAACAGUUAGAACAAGAUAUACAACAUCCUCUUGGGGGUUACUAUAGUUCAGCGUUAUGCUCAAGGCCAAACAGCCUUUCGCAACAAGUGAUUCCCACCAUUGACAUCCUCCUGAAAAGUUUGCCGAGGAAGACGAAAUCAAAGGCUGAGACCAACAUAGCCAAUGCUGUGAGACAUAGAAUUGCUGAGAGGCAUCGAAGAAAGCGUAUCUGCCAACAGUAUGACAUACUCCGUUCCAUCCUACCAAACUUGAUCAAAAUGGACAAGGCAUCCGUGCUGGGCGAGACAAUCAGGCAGGUGAGGGAGUUGAAAAAGAGACUAAAAGAAACGAAAGCAGUUUGUCGUGGAAGCUUAGAGGGUGUGCUCCCUGGUGAGUCAGACAACUUGAGUUUGGGUUAUUGUGAAAGCGAUGGGAGUUUGUUGAAGGCAACAUUCAGUUGUGACGACAGGGCAGAGCUGAUAUCUGAUCUGACACGGGCAGUGAGGACGGUGAAUGGGAGGGUUGUAAGAGCAGAGAUGGUGUUUGUAGGAGGAAGGAAUAAAAGUGUGUUGUGGGUAAAAGGGCUUAGUGGAAAUGAAGGUAUAUGUAUGCUUAAGAGGGCUUUGAAGAUGGCCGUAGAUAGACCUAAGAUGAAAAAUGGGAAGCCUCGUUUCACUCACUGAUUAUUCUGUUGUAAUUUCUAGCAGUUGUAGAGCAAUGGAAAAGGGUAGGUUUAAGAGUAUAUUUAAAGAAUAAUGGUAAAUAGUGCUUCGUGUAAUCAUUUUUGCAGUUGCAGUUCUAUGACAAAGAACAGGAUUUUGAAACA